CCACGCCACUCCGCAACCAUCCCCGAGAGGACAUGGUGCUGCUGCCGCGGGCCCUGUAUCGAAAACGAACGGGAACCCCGAGACGCUUUUUUKGGCAUUCCAUCGCCCGGGCAACGACGGCGGCCCUUGCCGCAACCGCCACGGCAACCGCCGCUUCCGCUCCCUGGACCAAAGGCGCCCUCGCCCUUGCUCCGAUCGCCCGGGGCAGAGCCGCAAGCCCCCAUCGUUCCCGGUUGUGGUCCCCUGCUCCGGGCCCUCGGUCACGCAUCUGGCACAGCGGGAAUCCGGCGGUCUUACGCAUGGAAGAGGAAAACUCCGCGCCGGAGGCACUCGCGCCGAUCCCUUCGGAGAGCAACAACAACGACACCGGGGACGGCCACACCGGGCCCUCCCUCGAGGCCCUGUGCGGGGCGACGCUGGCGGCCUGCGAGGCGGUGACCCCCGCGGUAGAGGCCCUGUACCGGUCCAUCAGCAGGGACCACGAGCAGGGGAAGAACAACGGGGGCGGCAAGACCAAGACCAAGGMRGACGACUCGGUCUUUACGAUUGCCGACGGCCUCGUCCAGCACCUCCUGGUGGAAACCCUUCUGGGGUGCGAACGCGAACGYGAAUCCGAAAGGGCCGGGGCAUCCAGGCCCCGGAUCGUCGGAGACGUGGUGGGAGAAGAGGACUGCMCCGUCGAUCUGUCCUCGAAGCCCUACAAGGUCGACGACCUCUUGGUGCCCGGGGAAUUCGAGGAGGCCAUCGAACAGGCCAUCGAGGGGGUUUCCCGCGCCAGGGAGGCCCUCCUCCCACCGGAAAGAGACGCUGGGGGGGUGUUGCACCCCUCCCUGGUGGCCUUUGUCGAUCCGAUCGACGGGACCCGCGAGUUUUCGACCAAGAAGGGCGACCAGUGCACCAUCUGCGUCGGCUUUGCCGACGCUUCUUCCGGCAGGCCGGUGGCGGGCGUCGUCUACCGGCCCCUGUCGGAAAAGGGYCCAACGUGGGCCGCGGGCGCACCCAUCGAGGGCUAYUGCGCCUCGGAGCUCGCCGGAAGGGASRGCAGCCCCGGAGACGAGACAAGGGCCUCCUCCCUCCUGACCUCCAACGGGGGCAUCUCCCCCUUCYUGGAGGCCCUGCUGGGCGAGCUGGGCUGUUCCCGGGCCCCYUCCGGGGGGGCCGGGAACAAGGUCCUGAUGCUCCUCGAGGCGGARCAGGCGGGGGCGAGGGCCGCCUACAUCCAGGACCGGGGGGUCAGCCGGUGGGACACCUGCGCGUCCCAGGCCGUCCUCGAGGCCCACGGCGGGAUCCUCUGCCGGCUCGAUGCCUUUCUGGGGGGCAGAGACCGAAGCAGCAGCAGCGGCAGCGGCGGCGGCUGGAGCUACACGUACCGCAAAACCCUUGAGAAUUCCGACUUUGUCCCCGGCAUGGCGAGGCUGACCAAGUACAACGCGUCGGGAGAAACAAGGCCCGGUGGUGGACCGGGGGAAGUAGCGGCCCCCAGGGCCCUGCGUCCCUCCGAGGUCAAGCCCUACGCCAACCUCUGCGGCCUGGUAGCCCUCGGAAAAUCACAGAACCACGAGCGGCGCAGGGCCGAGAUCAAGGGGGCCCUGGAGCGGGCGGCGGARGCGUCUCCCCCGGCCUACGACUAGGCGUGUUCCAGAAAAACAGAAUCGGCGACAGUCACCACAUCAUAAAUAUAUAUAUAUUAUAUUA